UCUCUCUCUAAAGUUUUUCUUACCCAGAAAAAUCAAAAUUCGCGGAAAUUUUUUCGUCUUUCGAUUAAAACAAAAUUCCUUCGGCAUUCCUUCCGGUUUUGUCAUCCAAAUCAUUAAGAGCAAAAAAGGACGCUCUUUUAAAAAAGAAAAAUUUGGGGUUCACUGGAUUUUUUAAGGAGCGAGAGAAGUUAGGAACAGAUCUCUCUCUCUCUCACUUUCUCUUUCUGCUCAUUCGUGCCAAACGUUUCUUCUUCCUUAGAAAAGAAAAACAUGUGCAAUUCCGUCUCUUUCCUUGUUUGAUACGACGUGUAUGUGAUUUCCAGUCGUGGGUCAGAGAAGACGGAGGACUGCUCUCAACUUUCUAUCGAGAAAUUUCCAAAUUGGGGGGAUAGAUUAGGGUUCGUUAGCGAUUGGGGAAUUUGGAGUUGCUGAUUCUGGAUUGGAACACUAGAUACGUAUACGUGAUGAUGCUCUGAUUGGUUCUGAAAUUUUCACAGAAGAGAAUGAUAAUCAAACGGAAACUUAAAACCCAGAUACCGAGUUUAAAACGGUGCAAACUCAGCAACUCGGCGAGUGACUCCGGUGGUUCCCGGAAGAAGAGAAAGUCCAACUUGGGAGGUUACUACCCUCUGAACCUUCUCGGAGAAAUCGCCGCCGGGAUUGUUCCAGGCCGAGGACGAAACGGCUUCUCUGCUUCGUGGUGCACUCAAGUUCCGUCUUCUCCCGUUGUUAAGGUAGAGUCAGAGUCAAAGAGAAGAUCAGAUUCCGGCACCGCGAGGGAUUCUCCGGCGGCACCGCUGGUUCGGACAUCUAGAGGACGAAUUCAGGUGCUUCCUUCUCGAUUCAACGACUCGGUGCUCGAGAAUUGGAGGAAAGAUAGCAAAAAUGGCAGCGAACGCGAUUGCGAUUACGAGGAAGAAGUAGAAUGCAGGAACGAGAAAGUUAGCUCUCGGGGUCUUAAAGCUAGUAAUUUGAAAAGCAAGGGACUUGAUAGGAGCCGCAAGUAUAGCGCAUUGUAUAAAGAAUCAACGUUUCACGAGCGAUAUGUUGAGGCUCGAGCUCGUGUUGACAGAAGCAGGGAAGAAGAGAAGCUCCCGAAGCCGAAGAAAGAAGGUUAUUAUGGGCCAGAGAGCUUUUAUUCAGGUGAUUUGGUUUGGGCUAAAUCUGGGAGAAAUGAGCCGUUUUGGCCGGCCAUUGUUAUCGAUCCGAUGACGCAAGCACCCGAGCUUGUUUUGCGUUCUUGUAUACCCGAUGCAGCUUGCGUUGUGUUCUUUGGUCACUCUGGGAACGAGAAUGAAAGGGAUUAUGCAUGGGUGAGGAGAGGGAUGAUCUUCCCUUUUGUGGAUUAUGUUGCCAGGUUCCAGGAACAGUCUGAGCUGCAAGGAUGCAACCCUGGGGGUUUUCAGAAGGCACUGGAGGAAGCCUUUUUGGCAGAUCAGGGAUUCACGGAGAAGUUGAUGAAUGAUAUUCACAUGGCUGCUGGUAACCCGACUUUUGACGAUUCUUUCUACAGAUGGAUUCAAGAAACGGCGAGCUUAAAUCAAGAUCUCAGUAUCAGUGCUCCAAGUCAGGAGUUAAAGAAAUACAGAAAUCUACUUGCCUGUGUAGGAUGUGGAACGGUCCUUUCUUUUGAGAUGGCAAAUAAAAUGAAAGCUCUGACUCCUGGAGAUCAACUAUUGUGUAAACCUUGUUCAAGGUUGACAAAAUCAAAACAUAUUUGUGGUAUAUGCAAGAAGAUAAGGAAUCAAUUGGACAGUCAAACCCUGGUGCGCUGUGAUGGUUGUAAAGUCUGGGUACACGCAGAGUGCGACCAAAUAUCAGAUAAGGAUUUGAAGGUUUUGAGGGGAACAGAUUACUACUGUCCUACUUGCAGAGCUAAAUUUAACUUUGAGCUAUCAGAUUCGGAAAAACAAGACUCAAAGUCAAAACCUGGCAAAGGCGAUGGUCAGAUGGUUCUUCCUGACAAAGUUAUUGUUGUAUGCUGUGGAGUAGAAGGAAUAUAUUUCCCAAGUCUCCAUUUAGUCGUAUGUAAGUGUGGCUCCUGUGGACCUCAAAAGAAAGCACUUAGUGAGUGGGAAAGGCAUACUGGAUCAAAGGCAAAAAAUUGGAAGACCAGUGUGAAAGUCAAAAGCUCGAAGCUAGCACUAGAAGAAUGGAUGAUGAAGUUAGGAGAGUUACAUGCAAAUGCUGCAGCAGCUAAAGUUCCUAAACGACCUUCCAUAAAGCAGAGAAAACAGAAGUUGCUUGCUUUUUUGUCAGAGACGUUCGAGCCGGUCAAUGCGAAGUGGACAACAGAACGAUGUGCAGUUUGCAGAUGGGUUGAAGAUUGGGACUACAACAAGAUUAUUAUCUGCAACAGAUGCCAAAUAGCAGUGCAUCAGGAAUGCUAUGGCGCUAGACAUGUUCAUGAUUUCACCUCAUGGGUCUGUAAAGCAUGCGAGAAACCAGGUAUUAAGCGGGAUUGCUGCCUCUGCCCUGUAAAAGGAGGUGCAUUGAAGCCAACUGAUGUGGAAACAUUGUGGGUUCAUGUGACGUGUGCUUGGUUUCAGCCUGAAGUAAGUUUUGCAAGUGAUGAAAAAAUGGAACCAGCUGUUGGGAUUUUGAGUAUUCCAUCAAGUAAUUUUGUGAAGAUAUGUGUGAUAUGCAAACAAAUACAUGGCUCGUGCACUCAGUGUUGCAAGUGUUCUACGUAUUACCACGCCAUGUGUGCCUCCCGAGCUGGUUAUAGAAUGGAGUUGCAUUGCUUGGAGAAAAAUGGUCGGCAGAUAACAAAGAUGGUGUCCUACUGUGCUUAUCACAGGGCUCCAAACUCAGAUACUGUGUUAAUUAUACAAACUCCUUCGGGGGUUUUCUCUGCAAAAAGUCUUGCUCAAAACAAGAUGAAAGGCGGUUCCCGGCUUAUUUCAUCAAUCGGAGGAGACAAUGAAGAGUCGCCUGCAGAGGAUACCGUCACAUGUGAUCCGUUUUCUGCUGCUCGUUGUCGAGUAUUUAGAAGAAAGAUCAAUUGCAAGAAGAGGAGUGAGGAAGAAGCCAUCCCUCACCACACAAGGGGACCACACCAUCAUUCAUCAGCGGCAAUCCAGAUUCUAAAUACUUUCAGGCAUGUGCCGGAAGAACCCAAAUCGUUUUCAUCUUUCAGGGAACGACUUCACCACUUGCAGAGGACAGAAAUGGAUCGGGUCGGCUUUGGGAGAUCUGGAAUACAUGGAUGGGGUCUUUUCGCAAGAAGAAAUAUCCAAGAAGGAGAAAUGGUUCUUGAAUACAGAGGGGAACAGGUGAGAGGUAGCAUUGCAGACUUGAGAGAAGCACGGUAUCGCAGAGAAGGGAAGGAUUGCUAUCUGUUCAAGAUCAGUGAGGAAGUAGUGGUUGAUGCUACGGAUAAAGGGAAUAUAGCUCGGCUCAUCAAUCAUUCGUGUACGCCAAAUUGCUAUGCAAGGAUUAUGAGCGUAGGAGAUGAGGAAAGCAGGAUUGUCCUCAUCGCCAAGACCAAUGUAGCUGUGGGAGAGGAGUUAACGUAUGAUUACUUAUUUGAUCCCGAUGAGCCAGAGGAGUUCAAGGUGCCAUGUCUAUGUAAAGCCCUCAACUGCAGGAAAUUCAUGAAUUAGAUAGACAGACAACCUUAGGAUAGCUGCUUGUUUAUCUCACACGCUACAACACGAAGAAGAAGAAGAAAAAGCCAAGUCAAGUUUUUUUUGUUUAUAUAGUUUUUGCUCCAGAAACGACAGAUUUAUAAGUAGAGAGAGCUAAGUGAUCCAGAUGUCAAAAAAAAAAAAAAGGAUAACUAAGUGAUCUAACUCUUUAUCUAUUCCGCCUCUCUGUAUAGACAGACAACUCAUUCGU